UCUGUUUACGUACGCAGUACAUUGCAGGUUGUAAUCUAAAGCAUUACCGUGAAAUGCAACUGGCUUUUGUCUUUGUGUGUAUGAAAUACUGUAAUCAUGUCAUGUAAUCCAUUCAGUCCAAUACUUAAUGGGGUUGCAAUUAUUUAGCUAGCAUUAGCAUGCAAGUAAAUUCAAGUAGUUUGCUGCCAUGUACUGACGUGGAUCAGCAAGACUGUCUCUGAGUUACACUGAAACAAGUGAAUUUUAGACAGUGGUCUACACAAUAAUUACUUCACUGAUCUGUCAUCACAUCAAUCCACCUCAUGUUUGCCGUACAGGUGUUUGUCUUUUGUCUUUUGCAGUCUCUGUCUUCUAGCUUCAGACCUUUUCUGCUUUUUUGGCCAAAAGGGGAACAUUCUUUGUUUCCUUUCUGUAUAUAAUUAAAUCUAAUUUAAAUAACAAAUGAUUUUCAUGCCACUAAGAGGAACAAUUUGAAGUUGACUGUUUACUCACUGCCUUUAAUUCACCGUCACAACAUGGUUUAUUGCAGCUUUGGCAUUAAAGAAUGUUAGAAUGUACGCGAGUCCUGAACAUUAGGAUACUUUGGAAGAUAAUUUUAUUUUCAGUCCAGUAAUCCUGGUCUAAUUGUUCUUUAGUUUGUCCUACAACAUGUGAGUGGCAGGAGUUCAGAAACCAUUCAGAAAUAUUAACAGGUUGAAGUUCUGAAGAAAACCCCCUGCAAAGUCCUUUAUGAAAAUGCAGAAAUAAAAAAGAGUUUCAGAAGUUCUGAUCAAUAUGCAGUUCAGCGGAGGAACAGGAAACAUCAACAUUGUCAUUAUUCAUGCUGUGGGUCGGUGAAGGAGGAUGGCGUCUGCUGAAGAGCUGCUCGUGAACUCACUGAAGGAGCUGGUAGAAGCUGAACUGAAGGAGUUUCAUUGGCACUUAAUAAAUGCAUGUCAUAAGCGUAUGUCAAAGUCAGAAAUGGAAAAGGCAGAUAUAUUCGACACAGUGGAUAAGAUGAUGGUGUGUUUUGGAGCUGCUGUUCAACACAACAGUUUCAGAGGAGGAAAUAGAAAAGUCUGCAAAUAUUAUUUGAGAUUAACAGGUUGAAGUUCUGAAGAAAACCCCCUGCAAAGUCCUUUAUGAAAAUGCAGAAAUAAAAAAGAGUUUCAGAAGUUCUGAUCAAUAUGCAGUUCAGCGGAGGAACAGGAAACAUCAACAUUGUCAUUAUUCAUGCUGUGGGUCGGUGAAGGAGGAUGGCGUCUGCUGAAGAGCUGCUCGUGAACUCACUGAAGGAGCUGGUAGAAGCUGAACUGAAGGAGUUUCAUUGGCACUUAAUAAAUGCAUGUCAUAAGCGUAUGUCAAAGUCAGAAAUGGAAAAGGCAGAUAUAUUCGACACAGUGGAUAAGAUGAUGGUGUGUUUUGGACCAGAAGAAGCUGUGAAGAUCACAGUAGACAUCUUGAGGAAGAUGAACCAGAAUAAUCUGUCUGAGCAGCUGGAGAACAAACACAAGCAAGGUCAGGCUGAGGGCCAAAUGAAGGCAUCUGUCCCUGCUGAAGCUGAUUCACAACAGAUCUGCAAUCAACACAAAUACUCAGAGACAGCAGAGAAACACACAGAAAAACAAGGAUCAGCUUCAGAGGACAGUAAAGCUUCCCUUUAUGAUUACACAGAAAUCAGCUUUAGACUGAAGAAAAAAUUAAUACAGAGCUACAAGAAGAUAUUGGUUGGUAGUUCUCAGAGAGGUCAUAGGAAAUACCUGAACAAUAUAUACACUGAUUUAUAUGUGGUGGAAAAUGAGACUGGUGGAAGAAUGAACGACCACGAGGUGAUACAGAUUGAAACAAAUCACAACCGAUUGACUGCCAAGGAGAUGCCUAUCAAAUGUAAUGACUUGUUCAAAGUCCAUUGUGACACAGGUCAACAAAAUGGAAAAGUGCUGACAAUGGGGAUUGCAGGAGUAGGAAAAACAGUCUCUGUCAAUAAAUUCAUCCUUGACUGGGCUGAAGGAAAAGAAAAUCAGGAUAUAGUCUUCAUAUUUCCACUUCCAUUUCGUAGGCUGAAUUUGAUUAAAGAAGAGUUCAGUCUCAUAGGACUGCUUAACGAAUACUUCUUUAGUUGUCCUGAAGAAUUGCCCUCUCUUCCUGAAGGUGAUGGUAAGGUCAUGUUCAUCUUCGAUGGGCUGGAUGAAUGUUGCUUCCCUUUGAGCUUUAAAGAGGGUGACAGAUUUACAGAUUUUAAUGGAAAAACAACAGUGAGUAACAUAAUAACUAACCUGAUCAAGACACAUCUGGUUCCUUCUGCUCUCAUAUGGAUCACAUCCAGACCAGCAGCGGCCAGUCUAAUUCCCCGAGACUACAUUGAUCAGGUGACAGAGGUACGAGGCUUUAACGAUGAGCAGAAAGAGCAAUAUUUCAACAAAAAUAGUAGUCCUGAGGUUGCUGGAAACAUCAUCCGUCACAUCAGGAAAUCCAGGAGCCUGUAUAUCAUGUGCCACAUCCCCGUAUUCUGCUGGAUCUCUCUCACUGUUCUUCAGCCUCUGGUGACUCAAAAGAGCAAUCCCAAAACACCUACAACUCUCACAGGGAUGUACACAAACUUCUUACUUACUCAGCAGCAACAGAUGGAGAACAAAUACAACCAUGAUCCUGAAUCUAAAGCCAAUCCCAGGUCUUUUAAUGAGAUUCUUCUGAAGCUUGGAAAACUGGCCUUUCUACAUCUGGAGAAAGGUCAGCUGAUUUUCUACAAAGAAGAUCUUGAAGAAUGUGGACUAAAUGUCAGUGAAGGGUCAGUGUACUCUGGGUUAUGCACCCAGAUCUUUCAGGAGGAAAAGGCUGUUUCAACAAGAAAUGUUUUUAGCUUUGUACAUCUCACCGUCCAGGAAUUCCUUGCUGCACUCUAUGUGUUUUUGAUUAGCAAAUAUGAGAAAACAAACCUAUUAAUUAAAUCAUGGAGAGAAAAGCUGACUUGGAAACUGUCCAAAAAGCCAAUAUUUAAGCUUCAUAAGGCUGCAGUCAAGAAAGCUUUACAAAGUGAGAAUGGACACCUGGACCUUUUUCUCCGGUUCCUCCUGGGUCUCUCACAGGAGUCCAACCAAAGUGACCUGAAGGAACUACUGCCAGGACUGGAACUGAAAACAAAGAAUGUCAAAGACACAACUGACUAUAUCAAAAAGAAGAUAGAGAUAGAGAGAUCAACAGAGAGGACCAUCAAUCUCUUCUUCUGUCUGAAUGAACUGAAAGAUGACUUUGUGGAAGAAAUCCAGAGGAAUCUGAGCUCAGGAAUACUUUCAGCACAGAAUCUCUCCGCUGCUCAGUGGUCUGGUCUGGUGUUUGUGCUCCUGAUGUCAGAAGAGACUCAAGAGAAGUUUGAACUGCAGAAAUACAGAAGAUCUGAUGAAGCACUGAUGAGACUGUUGCCAGUGAUCAAAAGCACCAGAAGAGCACUGCUACAGAACUGUAAUCUCACUGCUCAGUGUUGUGAGAGUUUGUCAUCAGCUCUGCAGUUCUCAGACUCUGUCCUCAGAGAGCUGGACCUGAGUAACAAUGACCUGCAGGAUUCAGGAGUGAAGCUUCUUUCUGAUGGACUGAAGAGCUGUAAGCUGGGGAUAGUGAGACUUUCCAUAUGUAAUCUCACUUCGCAUUCUUGUGAGAGUUUGUCAUCAGUUUUACAAUCCUCAAACUCUGUCCUGAGAGAGCUGGACCUGAGUAACAAUGACCUGCGGGAUUCUGGAGUGAAGCUGCUUUCUGAUGGACUGAAGAGUCCAAACUGUAAACUGGAGAUAAUGAGAUUUUCCACUUGUAAUCUCACUGCUCAUUCUUGUGAGAGUUUGUCAUCCGAUUUGCAAUCCUCAAACUCUGUCCUGAGAGAGCUGGACCUGAGUAACAAUGACUUGCAGGAUUCAGGAGUGAAGCUUCUUUCUGAUGGACUGAAGAGUCCGAACUGUAAGCUGGAGAUUUUGAGAUUGUCUGGCUGUAUGGUGACAGAAGAAGGCUUCAGUUAUGUGUCUUCAGCUCUGAGUUCAAACCCCUCACACUUGAGAGAGCUGGAUCUGAGCUAUAAUCAACCAGGAGAUUCAGGAGUCAAACUGCUCUCUGAAAAACUGGAGGACCCAAACUGCUCACUGGACAAACUCAAUGUGGAUCAUGGAGGAGAAUCCAGGAUUAUAGCAGGACUAAAGAAAUAUGCCUGUUUUCUCACACUGGAUCCAAACACAGCAAACAAGCGUCUCGUUCUGUCUGAGGAGAACAGAGAGGUGACAAAUGUGGAAAAGAAACAGUCGUAUCCCGAUCAUCCAGAGAGAUUUGGUCGUGCGUAUCAGGUGUUGUGUAGAGAGAGUGUGUGUGGACGCUGUUACUGGGAGGUUGAGUGGAGUGGAGAUGAUAUUGUGCUAAUAUCAGUGUCAUAUAAGAGCAUCAGCAGGAAAGGAUGGGAUGAUGAGUGUGUGUUUGGACGUAAUGAUCUGUCCUGGAGUUUGAUCUGUUCUCUCUUAGGUUACUCAUUCAGACACAACAAGAUACAGAAUGAUCUCCCUGUAAAGUCCAUCAGCAGGAAAAUAGGAGUGUAUGUGGAUCACAGUGCAGGAACACUGUCCUUCUACAGUGUCUCUGACACAAUGAGCCUCAUCCACACAGAACAGACCACAUUCACUCAGCCGCUCUAUCCUGGGUUUAGUGUUUAUAAGGGAUCAGUAGCACUGUGUUGAUGAAUCAGAAUAGAAUGCCUUUGGCCCUGCACCCAUGUUUGACUAUGUAUUCUGAUAUGCCCAUGUGUUGUCCAAUGCCUGUUCUACCCAUAAUAUUUUGAGCUGCAUGAUAAAUCAGCAACAGUGAGAUGUUAUAAAUUCUCUUCUCUUCAUUGAAUUAAUACUGCAGCUGUGUCACUGAAAUAACAUGUCAGAAUAAACAUGUCUAAUAAAUCCUCAUAUAGUCAGUAAGUAUAGUGUGUAUGUGUGUGUCAUGUGUAUCUGUGCUUUUCUCUAUUUGUGUUGAUGGAAAUACUGUCAUUUAGCUUUAUUACAGUGUCACAAAUAAUUUGUUAUUAUUACCAUAAAAAUUACAUUUUAAUUUUUAAAGCACUUUUCAUAAACUUGUCUUUUUAAAGAACAUAAAAAAAAUAAUUGAAUGCAAAUAAUAAAACAAUGACGAAUCAACCUCUUAUUUUAAUUCAUGUUGAAUAUUUAAAAUGUUACUGACUGUAAUGUAUCAUUACCUGCACUGUGAAAUAUAAUCAAUACCUCAAAAGACCAAAAUGACCUUUAUCGGAAUUUCUGGGUAUUAUAAUCAAGAGGGGAAAAAAUCAGAAUAAUCAUAAUGAGCUUUAUUUUCAUAUGUUUACACAUGUGUAGCAGUUGUUCCUCUGCGUUGUGUUGAUUUUUGUGUUGUUAAUAAAGAAAUUUUCACACGAAGCUGGUUUUUGUCACAGGUGAUUUAAUUUCAGUACCUGAAUAGUAAAACACAUAAACACACAGCUACUGCUCUCAGCGAUGCUUGCUCUGCAUUGCCUCUCUCCUCUAAUGUCAUGGCCAGAAAGAGAGGACACAAUUCACAAAACAUUUACAUUAUAUGUAAUAAUAUUAAUAGUAUAAACAAUAAUAUUAGGGACUGAGUCAUUGAGUGACACACUGUGCCUCAUCAGACUUAACCCAAAUCCUUCAAUU